AUGCCAACACAACGAGAGUGCUUCAAGAUCGAUCUGAUGAUCCACUACCGCUCUGCUGUUGGGACUAAUUUGGAUGGGAAUGGUGAUUUGAUGGUUGAUUAUGAUUACUUGGUUCUUGCUCUUGGAGUUACUGUGAAUACAUUCAACACUCCUGGUGUGAUGGAGCAUUGCCACUUUCUGAAGGUAGUGGAGGAUGCCCAAAAGAUUCGGAAGAGCGUGAUAGACUGCUUUGAAAAGGCGUCACUUCCUAACCUCAGUGAAGAGGAGAAAAGGAAGAUCCUUCACUUUGUGAUUAUCGGUGGUGGACCUACUGGGGUUGAAUUUGCUGUGGAGUUGCAUGAUUUUCUUGUCGAAGAUCUGGUGAAGCUAUAUCCUGCAAUUGAAGAAAACUCUCAACUCCUACUUGCGCUCCGCCUCUUCCUCCUUUUCAUCGCUCAAUAG